CACGUGCCCGUGCCGCGGGGGCGGCGGAGGCCCGGGUGAGUCAGAGCGGGGGGACGGCCCUGGGCCGCGCCGCUGACGAGGGCGCGUUCCGCCCGACGGGCAGAAGGCGGUUCUCCGCGGGCGCAGCCAGAAGCCCGCGACGGGAGAGCCGCCGCCGGCAGCCCGCGCCCCCUGCUCGCCCAUGGCGGAGCCGCGGCGCCCCGCGGAGGGCUGCUCCUGCCGCAACACCGACUGCGUGGAGCGGCCGCUGAGGCGGCUCUUCGAGGGGCUGGGGAGCGGCGUGGCCGCCUGCCCCUGGCCCUUCGUGCUGGUGCCGCUGCUGCUGUCGGGCGGGCUGGGCGCCGGCUUCCUCUUCCUGCCGCAGCGGCAGGCGAACGACAUCGAGGAGCAGUUCACGCCGACGCGGGGGCCCGCCAAGGCCGAGCGCGCCUUCGUGCGGCGGCACUUCCCCACCAACGACUCGGAGCGCUUCUCCGCCCCGCGGCUGCCCACCGAGGGCGCCUACGCCACCCUCAUCGCCGCGGCGGCGCGGGGGGACUCGGUCCUGGGCCCGGCGGCGCGGCGCGACGUGCUGCGGCUGGACGCGGCGGUGCGCGCCCGCGGCUACGAGCGGCUCUGCGCCCGCUCCGGCGGCGCCUGCGCCAGCCCCAACCCGCUGCUGCCGCUGCUGGCCGGUGGGGCGGCCGCCGCCCUGGAGAACCUCACCUUCCCCGUCAGCCACGGCAUCUUCCUGGGGGCCGCGCUGGGCGGCGUGCAGACGGACGCCGGCGGGCGGGUGCGGGCGGCGCGGGCCCUGAAGCUGGUGUACUACCUGCAGGAGGACGGCCCCGCGGCGGCGGAGAGCCGGCGGUGGCUGGAGAGCUUCCUGCGGGAGAUGCCGUCGCAGCUGGCGGCGCUGGACUUCGCCUCCGUUCAGGUGACUUACUUUACCUCGCUGUCCAGACAACAGGAGUUUGAAGGAAAUACCAAGAGCGUGAUCCCACUCUUCUCCGUCACUUACUUCUUGACCAUAACCUUUUCAGUCGUCUCUUGCCUAAAACUGAGCUGUAUAAGAAAUAAUGUCUGGCUUGCAUGCUGUGGAGUGGUUUCUGCCGGUUUAGCUGUGUUAAGCAGCUUUGGAUUGAUGCUCUUCUGUGGAGUGCCGUUUGUGGUCACUGUAGCAAAUGCACCAUUUCUUAUUCUGGGAGUUGGUGUUGAUGACAUGUUUAUCAUGAUUGCUUCCUGGGAACAAAGUUUAAGAAAAAAGGAGAAAUCUGAUGUUAAAUCUCUGCUGGCUGAGACUUACGCAGAAGCAGCACUUUCUGUGACUAUCACCACUCUCACAGAUGUUUUGGCCUUCUUCAUUGGCGUCUGGACUGCUUUUCCGUCCGUGAGAUCAUUUUGCCUCUACACAGGCACUGCUUUUGUCUUCUGCUAUAUAUAUACCAUGACCUUCUUUGGGGCAGUUAUUGUAUUAAAUCAUAAAAGGGAGCAAGGAAACCGACACUGGCUAACUUGUAUGCCUGUGGGAGUAGGUAAAGAUCAGGCUGAGAAGUCCUGCUUGUACAAUGUUUGCUGUAUAGGCAGCUGUUCUGGGCAAUCAUCUCAGGUAGAAACCAAACAGCCAGAAAGUGAACAUCCAAUGAGCAUAUUCUUUAAAAAGUAUUAUGGCCCUUUCUUCACAAAUAAAUGGAUCAAGCUACUUGUGGUAUUGCUGUAUGGAACAUAUUUGGGUGGCAGUAUUUAUGGAUGUACUCAGAUCAGGGAAGGCAUUGAUCUUAGAAAUCUGGCGAGUGAUGACUCUUACGUUAUUCCAUACUAUGAUGACGAUGACAAAUACUUCUCAGCAUAUGGACCCAGGGUCAUGGUUGUCAUUACUGAAAGGGUAGAUUACUGGAAUGAGACUGUUCGUCUUGGCAUUGAGAACUGCACACAGAAUUUAGAGGGCAUUUCCUAUGUAGACAAGAACUUCACAGAGUCAUGGCUGAGAGUAUACACAAAACUUGCCGAAAGCGGUUUGAUAAAUAUAAGCAAUAAGACUCUUUUCAUUAAGAACUUAAGUACGUUGUUCCAAAUUGUUCCCAGUUUUGAGUGGGACAUUAACAAGACUCAGGAUGAAAUAGAAGCUUCACGUUUCUUCAUCCAGACGGUAAACGUGACUUCAGCCAUUGACGAGAAGAAUCUUCUCAAUCAGUUAAGAGAGACAGCCGAGCAGUGCAGUAUUCCAUUAAUGGUGUAUCACCCAGCGUUCAUUUACUAUGAUCAGUACCUGGUAAUAGUGCAAAACACUGUUCAGAACAUUGUCGUUGCUGCCGGGGCAAUGCUCGUCGUCUCCCUUUUGCUUAUUCCCAACCCAUUGUGUUCCUUGUGGGUGACUUUUGCUAUAGUUUCUGUUAUAGUUGGUGUUGCUGGUUUCAUGACAUUUUGGAACGUCAAUCUAGAUUCCAUAUCCAUGAUCAACCUGGUCAUUUGUAUAGGGUUUUCAGUAGAUUUUUCUGCUCAUAUUUCCUAUGCCUUUGUUACAAGUGGAGAGUCAUCAGCCAAUAAAAGGGCAAUCGAAGCUCUGUACCUGCUAGGUUACCCAGUAUUACAAGGUGCACUUUCUACUAUAUUAGGAGUAGUUGUCCUGGCUGCAGCAAAAGCCUACAUCUUCAGAACAUUUUUCAAGAUCAUGUUCCUUGUUAUUUUGUUUGGGGCUCUUCACGGUCUUGUUUUUAUUCCAGUAUUUUUAACCUUUUUUGGAAACUUUGGCAGAUCACCCCACAAUACCCAGUCUAAAAAGCUAGAGCUUAGGUUUAGAAAUGAUAAAGAUUGUCCGUGACUAAGUUAAAUGUAAUAUAUUUACUAUAUGUUGAUUAAAAUAUAGUGACUUUCAGGGAAUAUAAGAAAUGAAGAAAAUGAAGGUCAGAAAAGUAAAUACAACAGGGAAACAAAGGCUCCAGAAAAGCCAGGCAAGAAAAAUAACAGAAGAAAUGAAAAUGCACAGAAUGGAUUUGUAUUUCUCAUUUUUGUGUGUGCUUGACUAGCACCUUAAUGUUGUUAAUUUUUUUUGUUUUGGUGACUUAUUUACUGAAUGUAUUAAAAUUAUUAUAAACACUGACCAUGGCUGGCAUGAGCUUAAUGGACAAUGUUACAAGUUUGUCAGGCAGCGUAUGCAGGAGGGAAGAAUAACUCCUACUGGUUUGCCUUUCCUGCCUGUUUACCUUGAUGCUGUAACUUGGCCCAACACUGAGCCUGAAGACAACUUUCCCCCAAGAGGUUCAAACCUGGAGGUUUUACAGCAAGAUUACAGGAGGUCAGGACUGCCUCAGACUGCAAUGACUCAUAAGCCUUCAGGAGACAAAGUCUGCUUGGGCUUUUAAUGCAGCAUGAGAAACCCUUAGGGAAGGCAAACUGACUCAUAUUUUCUAUUCAAAUCUGUCUUUCCGUGGUGUCCUAAUCUUGCUAAGAUUAAACGUUAUGUAGCUUUAAGAAGCUUGGGUGUAGCUUCUGUUGGCUGCAGUCUGUGAAGGGAUAUGCUGUAGGUGACUGAACUUGUGUGGACCUCCUGGGUCACCACCAUGGAAGAUGCUGUGCCAUGGCAUGACAGGGCAAGGAUUCACUAGAGGGAAUCAACACCUGAUCGAGGACAAAGUGAAAAAACAACUCAGGUUUAAGCCGGUCAGUCCCAAAACCAUAAACCCAUAUAUUACUGUCUUCAUCAGUGACAACCCAUCCUGUGAUGCAGUGACAGAGCAGAGGACCUUUCACUGAAUAAGAGCUACGAAUAUAUGAGGUGGUCUUUUAAGCUGCAGGGACAAGACACUGGAUGAAAAGACAGUACGUAAUUUGUCACCAAUUUAAUGAGCUACCUGUUGGAAAUCAAAUGAACGAUAGUAACUGAUGUUGGCAAUUUUGGAAAAA